UGUGGUAAUGUGCUGACAGGUGGAUUAUUAAUUUACAUUCCUAAUUUGAACCCGGAAUAUUCAAGGUUACAACUCCAAAUUAGUUUCCAGAUGGCCAGACCCAAAUUCAUUACAAAGUUCCUGAUCCCUAGUCUGAACGAAGAACGAUUCGGCCCUCGAUUGAAAUGGGUAGAUCGCAGAAAUGCCGUUUUCCAGCUGCAGUGGAAUCAUAAAGCAGCCCACGCAUGGACCGAAUAUGAUGCACAAGUUUUUACGGAAUGGGAUAAGAUGAGGGGCCGUUAUGAUCCAUCGAAGAAAGGGUACUUUUCCAGGAGUAAACAGAGAUUCCGGGCUCUGCUCUACAAAUUUACACACGAUCAACUGCUAAGGAGACUGGAAUCUUCCGACAAAAACAUCCAUAAGUACUGCAUUGUUAAUUGGAAUUUUAGAAGUACUCUAACUUCUGCCUUCAAAAAGGAAGUACAAAACCUGAAAGAAAAGGAAGAAGAAACAAUGGACUAUGUGAGGUUGUGGGACGCCGAAUUGAAUCACUCCAGUGACAGUGAAAAGGAAAAUGUGAACUUGACUGCUGUUUUCAAAGAUCACAUGUAUUCCAACGUACAUCAAGUACCUCAAUUAACAGAUCUAGAUGAUCCAUUUGUUUUCAGUGAUGUGCCGUGGGCAGCAAAUCUGCCGUCUCCAAAUUUCUACCCGAUUUGUGACUUGGACGUGAAAGAUCCACCUGCGUCAGAAGUUAACUAUGGCUUUGAUGAAAGUCAUCUGCACGAACUUGAAGACGGCUUACACGUGGAGCUGAUUACCUUAUUGGAGACGCAACAACCAUUACUAUAGCUGGAAAAAGCUUGAAAUCUGAAUGUGUACAAAUCGUCUGGUUUACUAUUCCUGCGAAGAAGUUCCUUUCCAUUUUGCUUCGUCCUUCUCCUUGGACUACUGAAUUUUUUUAAGUUUUUUUUUUUUGUUGAAACGUUUUAGAAUUAAAUACAAAGCUCUUUGAAAUAAGCUUUUUAAAAAUGAUGCUUUAAAAUAUCAUGCAUUCAGAUACUAUGUCCAAUGUGCAGAAGGCAUUCCAUCAUUCUAGUAGUUACGUAUUUAUUUCAUAGAUGACGCCACUGAAAUGUUAUUUUUUUAAAUGUAGAAAUCUGUGAGAAAAUAGAAUUAUAUGAGCGAAUUAAUUUUCAUGUUGCUUGAAUACCGAGUUGUCUUUUAGGGUGGUUGGGCUGUGAAAGAGCAUUUUUUUUAUAUUCAAAUAAGUUUUGAAACGUUUUUUUUUCUUUCUUCUGAGAUCAAUUAGCAACAGUAAGCUAGUUUAUAUUCAGUACAUUACCGCCCAUUAGCCAUGAUGAGUGCUAAUAAGCACGAAACUGCAGUCCUCGGCUGGAAAUGACUGAGUUGGCGGUGUAUUUCAAGUAAGCUAGUUCUAUAUUUUUCUAAAAAGAAAAAAAAAAGCGGGAAUAGGAGAGUAGACACAAUGGGGUUAUUUCCAUCAUUCAAAAGUACUAGUACUUUAAGUCACUGAAGUUGAUAGAAUGAGAGAGAAAAAAAAAAAAAAAAAAAAAAAAUGGGGCGAGGAAAAUCCUUUUUCAAAACGGUUAAUUUUUAAUUAAUUUUUUAAAAUGUCUGAUUUUUCAAAUAAGGCGUGGUCUUUAUGAUGUCACAAGUGAUGCGCUUUGGCGCCGAUUCCACUGGCGCGCUGAAUGCUUACGCUUGCUGUCUACCGCGUUUCCACGUGAUUAUAAUUCAGAAGCGAAUUAAAUAUUGCACGCUAAGCUUGCUAUUAACUGUAUCGUUGCCAACGCAUGUGAGUAAAGAUACGAAUUGAAUAUUGCGCUCUGUGCUAAUGGCAUCAGUGAAUGGCAUUCCAACAUUUGUGAUGUCAUGUGCAGAAGCGUAAAAAAUGAAAUUGAAUCAGCGCACGGAUUAAAAUAAUAUUUAAAAAUAUUAAACUUUGUCAAAUUACUCAAAAAAUGAUCAGAUCCUGUGUUUUUAAGCAUGCUCUUUCAGAAAAAAUACUUUUAAAAUUUCGAAAACGACCCAUUGUGAAAAGUUGGGGAAAAAAAGUUUUCAAGAAAGCAACAAAAACAAAACAGUUAUACCUAGAGAGUAUAAAAUAAAAGAUGGAUUAAAAUAAAGACUAAAUGAACAAGUCUCUAUUGAAACUUCGUAAAAAAAGCCCUUUAUAGACUGGACAAUUUUGUGUCUGUUCAGUUUAAACAUUUUUGUUUUCUGAGUCGCUGUACAAAUGUUCAUGUACUCCCCCCUCCCUCCACACACACGAAAGGCAAAACUAUAAAAGUUAUUUAUGUUCAUGUGAGUGCUACAAAUGAUGAAUAUUGUGUAAUAUAAACACUCUUGACUUUAGUGUGUAGUACACAUACAAAAGUCAGUCUACUUCAAAAACACUAAUAUAACUCCCUAUAGUAGUUUUUUGAACUGUUCAAAACUGAUUGAAUAUCGCUCAAAUCUAAAAUUGAAAUAAACAAGUAACUAAAAUUAAAAAUUUUAAAAAACCCCGACUGAGUCGCAAAUGAAGAACUAGGAAGGAAAAUUGAAAAUCCUUUAAAGAGUCUUAUGUUAUUAAAAAUCAAUUGCAAGUAUUUUAUUUGUUUACAAAUACAAACUGGCAAUAGAUAAAAAUUUUAAAUCAUUGCUUUUAAUUUCCUUGUCGGCCAACAAUGAAUGGGGUCGUUUCCAAAAUUUUAAGAAUAUUUUUUUCUGAAAGAGCAUGCUUAAAAACAUAGGAUCUGACCAUUUUUUAAAUAAUUUGCUUAAGUUUAAAAUUUUUUAAAAAUUACUUAAAUCGAUAUGCUUUUAUUGUUUAUACUUCUGCCGAUAACAUCACAAAUGAUGAAAUAACCUUUCAGUGUUGCCAUUCACAGAACAAAAUAUUUAAUUCGCAUUUUGACUCACGUGUACUGGCAACGAUAUGGUUGAUAGCAAGCGUAGAGCGCAAUUUUAAUUCACUUCUUGAUUAUCAUAACGUGGAAACGUGAUAGAAAGAUGCGCCAAGGAGCAUCAUUUCAGACGUCAUCAAGACAUUCCUUGCUCCAAAAAUUGGACAUUUAAAAAAAUUAAUUAAAAAAAAAAAAACAGUUGAGGAAAUAAAAGUAUUUUCUGGAUCCAUGUUAUUAUUAUUAUUUUUUUUUUUUUCUUAUUCUAUCAAUUCCAGUGACAAAAAGUAGUAGUUUUGACUAAAGGAACCAACCCCAUUCGGUUUAUCAAUCGCGUGAAUAAAAGCUUAGCCAUUAUUGAAAUCUGCUUUAAUAAAACGUUAUAAUUCGAAUUCUUUGAAACAUGGAAGUUCCAAACACAUUCUAUCUGACGCAGAAAAAAAUUCUCUUUGUUUUGGUAUUAAAUUUUAAAAUUUUUAACUAUGUUUUCGCUGCAAAAAUCGCAAUUUUUUUUUUAGAGUUUUUUCAUUAAUCUUCGUUAAUUAAUGUCAUCCAAAGAUGCAACCUAGCUAAGAACACUCUCGAUCAACUAUCCUUUCGAACACAUUUUUUUUCAAAAACUAAUCAAGGGGAUCAAACUUAUAACCCCCUUCCUUUUUGUGUCGGGGGUUAAAUAGGAAUAGGAUGUUGGUUGUAGUCGCCGUUAAUGUGUGAAAUUAGCAUCAAUUGUGUGAAAUUUGGAUUUGUUGUAAAUUUUAUUCAUCAUGUUUCUAUCAUCUGUGUAUCUGAGAAGGUGGUGCUUCACAUGCUUCGAAGAUUCAAGUACGAUAGAAUCUCGUUUAUUCUUCCUUCUUUUAUCCAGAUCUAAUUCGUAGAGUUAAAAAAAAAAAAUUACAUUCACACAAAUAAUAAUCUUAAAUUGGGCCAUUCCACCGUCACGUGCGGGACAAUCUGAUUCGAUAAUUUCAUAAACAUUUAAUAAUAGAUCUUGAUAUUUUAAUUAAAGCGGAUAAAGCAUAUUUUUCGUCAUUUAAACAUUUCGACAUAAAAAAAAAAUGAUUAAAAAAUAACUGUUGGGAAAAAUGAAAAUAUUUUCUAGGUCUGUUUUUUUUUUUUUUUUCUUAUUCUAUCAAUUUUUGUGACUAAAAGUAGUACUUUUGACUGAAGGAAACAACCCCAUUAUAAUAGCUAAACUACUAGAUAUUCGCUUUUUAUUUUGAUUAAAUGUACACUUGCUGCAUGGAUCGUGCAAUAAAUUUAUAGAAAUCUAAACUUCAUUUCGUGUCUUGGGAACACUACACUAGAGACAGUCUCUAGUGUGGUGUUGGCCUAGUAUCUAGUGUUGUGUAGUUGACAGACACUAGAGAUAGUCUCUAGUGUGGUGUUGAUUUGGCUCGUCGUCAGCCUGAUACCACUGCAGCUGAACUAUAAAUGAUCACGUGUGUAAUUGAAUAUUAUAAAGUGUGAAUUGUACAAAACAUUCCUAAGUAAUUUUGUUGCAAAGCUUUGUUUUUCGUCGUAUUGUUUUUUAAUUUAAGGAUUUGUUUUGCUUAUUUUCCAUACUACCUGGAACGAGGUUGCAUAAGUAAAAAAAAUUCUCCAAUAUGCAGCACGAAUAACCUGCAAAUGAAAUUUAUUUUAACUCAUUUUUGAUAACUCAUUUUGCUUAUUUUCUAUACUACCCGGAACGAGGUUCUAUUUUUUAUGUGAAAAGCUUUCUCCAAUAUGCAGCACGAAUAAAUUUCAAAUGAAAUUUAUUCUAACUCAUUUUUGCUAAAGUCGUAAGAUUUUUCUAAAAUCUCAGGUAAAAUAUUCGUGAUACAUAGUUCUUGAACUUAUUGAAUACUGACAUGAGUUGCUUUUGAUCAAUUACAACGAUAAAAUUAUGUUUGAUUGUUCUUACCAGUUGAUAAAACUCUUUUUGUGCUUUUAUCUCCGUCGAAAAGUUUAUGUAAUCAGUAAUUGUUGUGAAUGCUAAGUUGUUUUAUGUGGUGCUCGUUGAUUACCUGUUCUAUGUAUUUUCUUUUUUAUGUUGUUAAUA